UUAUCCCCUAAAUGCUACGCACAACCUGGCAAUUGAGAUACCAUGACAGGACAAGAUGUUGCCAAAGACACUCCAAGCAGCUCUGUGGCUGAGAGGGUCAGGAGUAUAUCCGUGCUUGGAUCAGUCGUCUCAUUUCAUGACGUCACGUAUACGGUCGACGUAAAGAAAGAUAGAAAGAUGACGAAGAAGGUCAUCCUCGAUAACGUCAGUGGUGCAUUUCGACCAGGAAUGAAUGCUAUACUUGGCCCAACAGGCAGUGGUAAAACAUCACUACUCGAUGUAUUGGCAGCGAGGAAGGACCCUCGUGGACUGUCUGGAAAAGUCCUGAUAGAUGGCGCCCCUCAACCGGACGAUUUCAGGUGCAUCUCGGGAUAUGUUGUGCAGGACGAUAUCAUUAUGGAUAUGUUGAGCGUUCGCGAGAAUCUGGAGUUUUCUGCAGCGCUUCGAUUGCCGAAGACAGUUUCAAAGACAGAGAGGCAAGAGAGGGUCGAAGAAGUCAUGCUUGAACUCGGGCUUUCGAGAGUAGCAGAUAGCAAGAUUGGCAAUGCAAUCAUCCGUGGCGUAUCGGGAGGGGAGAGAAAACGGACCAAUGUUGGAAUGGAGCUAAUCAUCAAGCCAAGUGUUCUGUUCUUAGAUGAACCUACAACAGGCUUAGACGCCAGCACUGCAAACUCCGUCCUUAAUUUACUUGCAGAGCUAUCGAAGCGGGGUCGUACCAUCAUAUUCUCCAUCCAUCAGCCUCGUUUCUCAAUCUUUCGUCUCUUUGAUCAGAUGCACCUAGUAGCAGCAGGCAAGACGGUGUUCCAUGGCCCAGCAAACAAAGCUCUGCCUUACUUCAGCUCUAUUGGUUAUGAAUGCGAGUCUCACAACAAUCCACCUGACUUUUUCCUGGAUGUGAUAAACGGAGAAACCUCUGAAGAUGGAGAAGGAACCAGCACGACAAAAAUGUCGUCAGAGAGAGGCAACCUUGCCGAGAUCUUUGAAGAAUCGAACCUUCAUGCGAGCAUGAAGGACGACACAACCAAGAUACUCGGCUCAGAGAAGACCAAGAAAGAGUCUUUGAACGCGGAGAUAGAGUACCCUACUUCAUUCUGGACUCAGCUUCAACUCGUAACAAAGAGGACAUACUUGUGCACUUUGCGUAACCCAGUGAUUAUGGCCGUAUCCUACGUCGUUCUGAUUGUCAUGUCUCUCCUCGUUGGACUUCUUUAUUUCGACAUGGACCUCACAACUUCGGCGGGUGUUCAAAACAGAGCUGGAGCUACAUUCUUCAUCUGCAUGAACAUGGUGUUUUCUAAUAUCAAUUCCAUCGAGGUCUUCAUUCACGAGAGAGUGAUGUUCAUACAUGAAACGGCGAGUGGCUUUUAUCGAGUGUCGGUGUACUUCUUCGCCAAGUGUUUUGUUGAUUACGUCGUUUUACGUCUCAUACCGUCUCUGUUCUACUCCGUUAUUACAUACUUCAUGAUAGGACUUCAGGUGGAUGUCGGCAAAUAUUUCUUCUAUUUACUCAGUCUCCUAUCGAUAUCCUUCGCAUCUAGUUCUUUGUCUGUUGCUAUCAGUUCAUCUGCAGAUAUUGUCAGCAUCGCAACCCUCAUGCUUGCCAUGUGCUUUGUCCUCAUGAUGUUAUUUGGUGGUUUGUUCGUAAACAUCGCAUCGCUUCCGGUCUGGCUUCAAUGGAUUCAGUACCUCAGUAUCUUCAGAUAUGGGAUCAACGCACUACUGAUUAAUGAGAUGGCCGAUUUGACAUUAUGUGAUACAGUACGUAAUAGGACACUUUGCACUCCGGGUUAUUUGUACUUGGAAGAUCAAGGAAUCAACUACACCACGUGGGGUAAAUGGCAGAACAUCAUGGCUUUGAUAUUAAUGGGAAUGGGCUUCAUGGCGCUGGCGUACAUCCAGCUACGAAGGAUGCCCAAGCUCAAAUAAAUUCAUAGUGAAUUUCCAAAUCAAAAUAUAUAUGACUUCAAAAGAAAUUAAGACCCCAAAUUAAUUGGUGUCAAUAGCUAGACUGCAGGCGCAGACCCUUGAAUUUUGCAAAUUUGCCUACUGCAUAGUGUAGAGUCUGAAGUAGUAAGACUAGAUUUACUAUGUAUUGUCUUACACAGAGUUUGGAGUCUAUAGUCCUCACUCUAGACAUGGUUUUGGUGGUUACACUUCGUAAUUCCAAAGGUUCUUUAUUCCGAAACACGUAAAUUGCCUAUAUACCUCGAUGUUAGUUAAUCCUAAAACGUAAAAGGGUUCGUUAAUCCGAAUAUUUGUGGCGUUAUUCCGAAGGUUCGUAAUUCCGAAACACGUAA